ACUCAGGGCCACGCAAUCAUGUGACGUCACCCGAACCUCUCUUAACCCGCCGUCGAAAUGCUUAUCCACACGAACGAGCAGCCACUACUAUUCGAGCCUCCGCCCGCCGGAUUACAAAUCGCCGAUCGUCUAGAGUACAGUUUUACUCGUAGAUGUCGUCGUCGCCGCCGUUGGUGAAGUCUUAUCUCUUCGCUUACAAUUUUCUCCAAGCUUCGUCAUGGACGAUUUCGCUUCUGAGUAUCAUUAGCAGCGUUUUGUCGAACAAGACGAUCAGUGGCGGUUACGCUGCCGCUGGAUAUUUGAUAAGUGUGAUGCAAACUGUUGCAGUUCUUGAAGUUCUUCACGGAGCCAUAGGAAUUGUGCCGAGCGGUUUCUUAUCUCCUUUGAUGCAAUGGAGUGGAAGAACACAUUUCAUAUUAGCCAUUGUUGGACAGAUCAAUGAGGUCCAGGAUUCGCCAUGGCUGGCAAUGACACUAGUAGCUUGGUGUAUCGGGGAGAUGAUCAGAUAUCCUCACUAUGCUUUAACUUGCCUUGGUAAAUGUCCCUAUUGGCUAACCUAUCUCAGGUACACUGGAUUCAUCAUGAUCUAUCCAACGGGACUAGUGGGUGAAUUAUUAGUCAUGUACAAAGCGCUUCCACAUGUUAAAGAAAGGAACCUUUAUGCGAAUUUCUUCUCUGUUUUCCCCUUCAGUUACUACGAUUUCCUUUGGGCCGUCCUCUUGGUAUACCCGUUCCUUUGGUUGAAGCUUUAUCUCCAGCUGUUCAGACAAAGAAAGUCUAAGCUUGGAAAAGCAGAGAAGCAUGAGGGCAAGAGAAAGAGAAUGUGAAACUCCCUUCAAGGCUUCAAUCAUCUCCUCAGAUAUGUCUAUCUUUAUCCUUGUUUAUGUUAUCGCUCUAUGUGCUUUUAGUUUUUUAUUCCUUUUACAAAAAGUUUAAAUAAUUUAAUUGUGGUUUGUUCGACAAUAAUUUAGUUAUGGUUUGAAUAAUUUAAUCAUGCCAUAUUAUCAAUUUGUCCUA